AUGGCUACUGAGUUGACCGUGCAAUCUGAGCGUGCUUUCCAAAAGCAACCACAUAUCUUCACCAACCCAAAGGCUAAGGCCAACCGUCGUACCAAGAGAUGGUACAAGGAUGUCGGUUUGGGUUUCAAGACCCCAAAGACCGCCAUCACUGGUCACUACAUUGACAAGAAGUGCCCAUUCGUUGGUGACAUCUCUAUCAGAGGUAAGAUCUUGACCGGUACCGUUGUCUCCACCAAGAUGCACCGUACCAUCAUCAUCAGACGUGACUACUUGCACUACGUUCCAAAAUACAACAGAUACGAGAAGCGUCACAAAAACGUUGCUGCCCACGUCUCCCCAGCUUUCCGUGUUGAGGAAGGUGACUUGGUCACUGUUGGUCAAUGUAGACCAUUGUCUAAGACUGUUAGAUUCAACGUCUUGAAGGUCCAACCAGCUGCUGGUUCCUCCAAGAAGUUCUCCAAGUUCUAA